AACAAAUAAACAUUAGCCACAAUAACGCUCUAGUCGCAAAGUGUGCACUUGCCAUUUAGGCAGUUAAUGUGUAAGUCCACUAAUUAAUUUGAAGCCUUUCACGUCUCUAAUGCAAAUUGAAAAGUCAAGCACGAGUCUGCACAGACAACACUAAAGCGAGCAUGCGCCUCAAAGCCCCGUAAUUCCGCCCCCACGUGGCCCGGAGACACGCGCCGCAGUCAGCGCGUGCACGUAUUUGCAUGCUCGCUGUCUGAAGAGCCAAUCGCAGCAGAGCAAACGGGAACCUCCCCGCCCACUUCCGAGAAGCGGCGCGAACAAGCUAUAAAUACUGGCGAAGCGCCGUUCCUGUGCAAACAAGCGGAGCGUCGGCCGGUCCGCUGCACGCCGCACGCUCUCUGCGUAACUAUGACAUUUGAGGAACUUCGCAGACAGGAAAGCGCAGCCGGAGUCGGUGAGAGAAUGCCUUCUGCUGGCAUUGCUCUGCAGGACCUGCUGGUCUCUGCCAGGAAGCAGGACUGCCUGACCGUCGGAGUGUACGAGUCUGCUAAAGUCAUGAAUCUGGACCCUGACAGCGUGGCGUUCUGCGUGCUGGCUACCGAUGAGGAGUUUGAGUGCGACAUCGCUCUGCAGAUCCACUUCACCCUGAUCCAGGCCUUCUGCUUCGACAACGACAUCAGCAUCGUCAGAGUGACCGACAUGCAGCGACUCGCUGACAUCGUGGGCCCCAAAUCCCGCGAGCUGGACGACGCUCACUGCGUUCUCGUCACGAACCCGGCCUCGGGCUGGCGGCAGGACCCGGCGCUGGCCCAGCUGAGCGUGUUCUGUGAGGAGCGGCGAGGCGUCUGUGACUGGGUGCCUGUCGUCCCCCUGCCUGACCGCUGAGCGCCCCCACACUCUGAGCGGAAAGGCGCUUCACCUGCCAGGUGCUCCAUCCCACUGCAGGACAGGGAUGACCCCCUGCACCCCCCAGGGAAUUACCCAUAAUCCACCUGGGAUUAUCCUGCUGGAGGUAAAGGACAAAAUGUGCCCUGAGGCGACGUGCGGAAAAGGACAAAUCCUACCGGGAUCUACAAAGGUCAGAGGUCAUACUGUCUCCCCUACCAAACUGUUUGGGGUGGUCUGGCUGCCACGAGCGGAGGGAGUUCUACUGGGGAAGGAGAGAUGGAGUCACGCCGGAGUCACGCCGGAGUCACGCCAGAGUCACGCCGGAGUCACGCCGGAGUCACGCCGGAGUCACGCCGGAGUCACGGAGUUCAACGCCAGUGUUGUGAAGCUCAGGCAGACAGGAGUAGCCGAGCAGCUUUCUGAUGGACAUGCAGAAUGCAGCAGUUAAGCUUCACCGGCUGAUCUGGGAACAGUGGAAGGACAGGGCACUGCUAACGCACUGUGGGA